UCGUUGAAGAUAUGUCAUUGUAAUUUUGAAAAUAUGAAUUAUGUAAUUGCAAUUCAACCCAUAAUUAAUAUAGUUUUGUAUAAUUUACCUUAAUGAAAUAUUCCACGAGCUAAAAUUGUUUAACAAGAAAUGAGGAUAAGUGCCACAUGCCCGCUGGUCAACUAAUACUGUAGCACAGCGCAUUGGCCUUGGAUCUUGGUGUGGACUUUUCUAAGUUUUCUUGCAUACACCGGUUUUACCAGACCUGCCCGGAGGCACUGCUACUGAGUCCCCGAGUCACGGAGCACCAGACAGAGAGAGAAAUGAACCGAAAGAGGAGCUGAGAAGUGAGUGAGUGAUGCCUGACUGACUGUCACCGAGAUCAAGAUAAUGUCUGCAGCCGUCGACGACGUUGCUCCUCUUCUUCAUCUCUACAGAGACAGAGACAGAGACGGAGAAUCAUCCAUUUCUAAUGAGAUCCCAAGUCUUGUGCCCGCCUCACCAUCCAACGGCACACAUGCAUCGACGCCUAAUCAACGCCUGGCCUCUCUCGACGUCUUCCGUGGCCUCACCGUCGCGUUGAUGAUUUUGGUCGAUGAUGCCGGAGGAGCUUUCCCGUCGAUAAACCACUCUCCGUGGUUGGGCGUUACACUUGCAGAUUUUGUAAUGCCAUUUUUUCUUUUUCUUGUUGGCGUCUCCAUCAGUCUUGCAUUCAAGAAAAUACCCAGCAAGACAACUGCCACAAAGAAAGUCAUUCUUAGAGCAAUGAAUCUCUUUCUCUUGGGGUUGUUACUGCAAGGUGGGUAUUUCCAUGGGCAUGACCAUUUAACAUAUGGGGUUGAUGUGGGCAAGAUACGUUGGCUAGGUGUACUACAGAGGAUUUCAAUUGGAUAUUUGCUGGCUUCAAUCUCAGAGAUCUGGUUUGUGAACAAUAUUAUGGUUGAAUCACUGGUCGAUUUUGCUAGGAAAUACUACAAUCAGUGGCUGUUUGCUAUUGGAUUAUGCUUUUUUCACAUGUGCUUUCUGUAUGGUCUUUUCGUUCCAACUUGGGAAUAUGAAGCUGCAAGCUUGAAUUUGUCUCGUUCUGGACCUGGUACUCAAAUUGUUUAUUGUGGAGUGAGGGGUAGUCUUGAACCUCCUUGCAAUGCUGUUGGUUAUAUCGAUCGAGUUAUUCUGGGCGAGCAUCACCUUUAUCAACAUCCUGUUUACAGAAGAACAAAGGAAUGCAGUGUUAAUUCUCCUGACUAUGGACCUCUGCCCUCUGAUUCUCCUCAAUGGUGCCUUGCACCAUUUGACCCAGAGGGAAUCUUAAGUUCUCUGAUGGCUGCUGUUACAUGUUUUGUGGGAUUGCAUUUUGGGCACAUACUAUUGCAUUUCAAGGACCAGAAGCAGAGGAUAUCGUUAUGGUCUAUGUCCUCCUUUCCUCUUUUAAUAUUUGGAUAUGCUUUGAAGAUGCUUGGUAUUCCUUUCUGUAAACCACUAUACACAAUGAGCUAUACAUGUAUUACAGCAGGAGCAUCAGGCUUGAUGUUAUGCAUUAUCUUCUACAUAGUUGAUGUCAAACAUUUCAUAAAGGCGACAGUGUUGCUGCA